AUGCUGCGUGCUGUGGCCACUAAACUGACGGAUCCAUCCCGAUGGCCUAGGUUCGAAAAAUCCCUCUAUGACCUGAUCAAGGGUCUUCGAACCCACAAAGGUGGAGAGGAUGAAUAUGUCCAAAGCUGCCUUCGCGAGUGCAAAGCGGAGAUCAAAUCCCAGGACAUGGAUAAAAAGGCAACUGCACUUUUGAAGUUGAUAUACCUGGAAAUGUUCGGUUACGACAUGUCAUGGGCCUCCUUCCACGUCCUAGAAGUAAUGUCCUCUUCGAAAUACCUUCAAAAACGUGUGGGAUAUUUAGGAGCGGUACAGAGUUUCCGCCCCGACACGGAAGUGCUGAUGUUGGCAACGAACAUGUUAAAGAAGGACAUUGUAUCUCCCAACAUCCCCGCUCUAUCACUACCGCUGGCUUCUCUGCCUCACAUUAUCACUCCAUCACUGGCCAUGUCACUAUUGCCUGAUAUUCUCUCUCGACUUUCACAUUCAAGCCCAGUGGUUCGGAAGAAAUCAAUCGUGUGCCUCUACCGCCUUGCGUUGGUAUACCCAGAAGCGCUCAAGCUAGGAUGGCCCAAAAUCCAAGAUCGGUUGAUGGAUGACCAAGAAGAUAGCAGUGUGACGACAGCUGCUAUUAAUGUUGUCUGUGAAUUAGGAUGGCGGCGACCUCAUGAUUUCCUACCACUCGCACCGAGGUUCUUCGAGCUUCUCGUCGACAGCGGCAAUAAUUGGAUGGCUAUUAAAAUUAUUAAGCUUUUUGCCACUUUGACACCUUUGGAGCCAAGGCUGACCCGAAAACUGCUACGCCCGUUGGUCAACAUAAUUCAGACCACAUCAGCAAUGUCCCUGCUCUAUGAGUGUAUCAAUGGGAUAAUUCAAGGAGGAAUUCUUGAUGGAGAGGACAAUCUUCAGGAAAGAGAUGACGUUGCAACUCUUUGUGUUGGGAAACUCAGAGGAAUGAUCGUCAUCGACUCUGAUCCUAAUCUGAAAUAUGUCGCUCUUCUGGCAUUGAACCGUAUUGUAACCACACACCCUACGUUGGUGUCAAUGCAGCAGGAUGUGAUUAUGGACUGUUUGGACGACCCGGACAUUUCCAUUCGGCUGCAGGCACUGGAGCUUGCUGCUGGUAUGGUGACAAGUGAGACUCUGCAGGUGGUGGUAGAACGCCUGCUUGAUCAGCUCCGAUUGGCUACGCUGUCCUCCCCGGGAAAUGCACCUGAGCUCGAGAUUGGCUCGUCCGUCCACCCUGAGACCGAGGACCCAGAAGAGUCAAAGACGUCAGAAGUUAGUACGAGCACUGCGGUCGCCUUACCAAACGACUACCGAAGUGAGGUUGUUCAUCGCAUCCUGGACAUCUGCUCGCAAAACAACUACUCGGAGGUUGUGGAUUUUGAGUGGUACGUCAACAUUUUAGUCCAGCUUAUCCGUCUCCUGCCACCGUCAGAGGGAGAUGAGUAUUGGAACCAGAACUCUCCGAGCCAGGACGCUGCAGCACUCUCAAAAUCGAGCACUGCCUUCCGAAUUGGAUCCGAAAUCCGCAACGUCGCCGUGCGUGUAAGAGGUGUACGGUUAGAGGCGACCAGAGCCGCAGAGUCGCUUUUACUGGUCGAUAACCGAUCAACCUUCUUCCCCGCUGGGUCAAACGUUGGCAACGAUGUCCUAGGCCCUAUAUCCUGGGUCGCGGGCGAAUAUGCAAAUGAUCUCUUAUCGCCGAGUCGGACUCUUCAGUCAUUGAUCGACCUAUCCAAUGUCACCUUGCCUGCGAGGACACUUCAGCUAUUUUUACAGGCCAUUCCAAAGGUCUUUGUACGCGUGAAUCAAGAUGCGGGGUUGGGCAUGACGUGGAAGACUGAAACAUCUCUCCUCUUGGCGAGAGUCGUGGAGUUUCUCGAAGCGCUGGCCGCUCAUCCAGACUUGGACGUGCAGGAGCGGGCUAUCGAGUUCUUGGAGGUCCUUCGCUUGAGCGCCGAAGCGCUGCAUUCUGAUGUACAGGAAAUGCCUUCCCUUCUCGCCUCCGUCCUUCCCAGUCUCUUCAUGGGUCUGGAACUCAAUCCGGUAGCAUUCAGUGCUCAAAAGAAGGUGGUCUUGCCUGCAACUUUGCAUCUGGAUGUAGCAUUCAAUGAUGAUCUGCAGACCCUGUUCCAUACUCUGGACAACUCUCAACUCGAAGCAAGCCAGCGUGGCUCUCUGCAGGACUUCUACUACAUCCCUGACCUCAUUUCACCCCCCGCCAAGUCAUUUCCUGGUAUCGCUUCUAUUGAGAUGCACCCGGAUAGUUCAUACCAAAAUGUUCUGCGGGGCCCAACGGAGUCCCCUGGUACAAUGGAAAGGCGAAAACUUGAGCGCAAAGAACGCUACAAAGAUGAUCCAUUUUACAUCGCCUCCCUGGAUAGCCAUUCGGGCACAUCAACCCCCGUUUUCGGCAACGAGGCCAACGCUGACGUGUUAGACAUCGAUGCUAUCCCCAUCGUUGACUUGAAGUUGGACUCUGGUCAACCCGACCGUGUAGAGCGGGAUGUUUCUAACCCCCGCCAAGGUCGAUACAAAAAAAUGGAAGUUGCGGCUGAUGAGACAUUCGGAAGCGAGGAGAUCCCGUCCCGCGAUUACCUGGUUCCAGGACAGGUCGGUGGUUCCGCUGUCGCUAAGCGUUCACUACUACAGGUGGACUCUAGUGGGCUCGGGCAUCUGUCAAUGGCAAGCAACGACGGGCCAGGAGCCAUCUCGGCGGAGGAUGAGGGCGACGUGGAGAUGAAGAAGGCGAUGCGAAAUGUGGAGCAGAUGCGUUUACGCAUGCAACGGGCCUCGGAGCGAAUUGAACUGGAUGGGAUUCCCACCGAGGGAACUCUGAUCAAGAAGAAGAAAGGAAAGAAGAAGCGCGCAUCCUCGUCGACCCAGGAGGUUACCCUGGGUGAUGGUUCCUCUCAACCAGAAGAGGCGAAGAAGAAGAAGCGGAAGGAGAAGAAAGAGAAGAAAGAGAAAACACAGAAAGAGCCGCGAACAGAUCCAGAAGAGCUUGCAGGUAAACCCUCAGGAUCUCUCGCCUAG